AUGAUACAAGAAAAGAAUCAAGCUCAACAACCUCCUCCCCCUAAUGCACCACUAGUAGCACCUCCAGUUGCUCCUUCACCUCCUUUGACAACUGAAUCUAGUAAGCGAAUUCCAAUAGAAAAGCUCAGAAAGUUUGGGGCCAAAGAAUUUCAGGGAAGAUUGGAUGACGAUUCAAUCAAAGCUGAAUAUUGGCUACAGAAUUUAGUAAGAGUUUUUAAACAAAUGGCUUGUUCUCCAGAUGAUUAUUUAAGAUGUGCAAUUUCUUUACUAAAAGAAGAAGCAUACAAUCAGUGGAAGACUAUAGAAACAGUGGUACUUGAAAAUAAACUUUAUUGGGAAUUUUUCCAGAGUGAGUUUAAAAAGAAAUAUGUCGGUAAGAGAUAUCUAGACAAGAAGAAGAGGGUAUUUCUUGAUUUACGACAGAGGAAUCAGUCAAUAGCUAAGUAUGAAAGAGAAUUUGUAUGCCUUAGCAAAUAUGCUCGAGAUAUUGUAUCGAUUGAAGAGGAAAUGUGUAUUAGAUUCGAGGAAAGACUAAAUGAUGAGAUCAGAAUGAUGAUUGGGGAUAUAGAAAUUGGAGAAUUCGUUGUUUUAUCAGAUAGAUCCCAGAAAAUGGAAGAAAUGUAUAAUAGAAAUAUGCAACAGGAAAGAAGAAGUAAAGAAUCUUAUAAGAGAAGUUCUUCAAAAUCAUUCUCAACAUUUUCGGCUAAAAAGUUUAGAGGUGAUUCAGGUCGAUCCAACUCAAUGCCAGAACGAUCGAAUAAGAACAGAGCAACUCCGCAAGGAUUUAGGGCAACCAUUAAACCUGUAGCUUGUAAUGACACAAAAUUCAUGGGCAUCGAAAAAAGUAAAUUAUAA